AUGCGUAUGAAGAUCGCCCUUAAAGUGAAUAAAGUAUGGGAAACUAUCGAUCCCGCCAAUAAAGUUGAGGAGAAAAAUGAUAUAGCUAUUGCACUCGUAUUUCAAUCCAUUCCCGAGGCGUUGACAUUACAGGUCGGAGAUCUUGACACAGCAAAGGGCGUUUGGGAUGCAAUAAAGGCAAGACACGUUGGGGCGGAGAGAGUAAGAGAAGCAAGGCUACAAACUUUAAUGGCUGAGUUCGAUAAAUUGAAGAUGAAGGAAGGAGAUACUAUAGACGUCUUCGUCGGGAAAUUAUCAGAGAUCUCGUCAAAAUCUGCAUCUCUUGCAUCUCUGGAACAAGUUCUUGACCUAAAUACUACAAGUUUUGAAGACAUCAUUGGAAGAUUGAAAGCUUAUGAGGAGAGGAUCAGAGAGGAUGAGGAUGAACAGACAGAUGACCAAAGAAAAUUGAUGUAUGCAAAUUGGAGACACAACAAGGAAACUAUGGUGGAAAAGGCAGAGGCCGCGAGGAUCACUACGGUAGCAGAGGCAGGGGCCACGGUGGACGACCUACCUGGAGGGGUAGGGGGCGUGGUCGUUUCGGAUCAUUGCUCUGACAGGUUACUUAAACUUCAAGGAACCAUUCAGAAGAAAGAAGAAGACACUCAAGAAGCCGAUGAAUUAAUGAUGCACGAGUUGGUGUAUCUAAAUGAACAAAGUGUAAAGCCUAGAGAGUUCAAAGCAGACUCAGACACAAAUAAUGUAUGGUACCUUGAUAAUGGUGCGAGUAACUACAUGAGUGGUAAUAGAUUGUUCUUUGACACGUUGCAUGAGACAAUCACUGGGAAGGGAGGUGAAAAGAAAAUCUUGAGCAAUGUAUACUAUAUACCAGGAUUAAAGAGUAACAUUAUUAGUCUUGGCCAAGCCACCGACACAGGCUGUGAAGUGAGAUUGAAGGACGAUCAGCUGAUGCUAUUUGAUCGAGCUGGAAAGUUGAUGGUCAAGACAACAAGGUCGAGAAAUCGACUGUACAAGGUUACUCUACAGGCCGAGAGUGUUCAGUGUUUAGAGCUAACAACAACGACUGAGUCAUCAAGAUGGCACGCGAGGCUUGGUCAUGUCAACCAUGAAACGAUGAAGUCGAUGAUCAAGAGAGGACUAGUCGUGAGUAUUCCGGACAUUAGGUUAACAAAGAGAAAUGUGUUUCGUGUCUCCUUGGGAAACAAACGCGACAACCGUUCCCAAAGGAAACUUCAUAUCGAACUUCGAAACCCCUUGAACUCAUACAUAGUGACCUUUGUGGCCCAAUCACUCCACCCACACCUGCUCAAAAAAGAUAUGUAUUGGUGUUUAUUGAUGACUAUUCGCACUACAUGUGGACAAUACUACUAA